AUGCCGGAGGAACAACCAAGGCCUGCGGGCCCCGGAUUCGACAAAAUUGAAAAUUUCAAUUUUCUACUGUCGCGCACUGAUCCAGCAGCCAAGGGACGACAAUAUUCCUUUGAUGGAGAUACUGGGCUGGUCCCGUUCGCCAAUGUGAACAUAGAUUAUGAUCAAACUGAAGGCAUGGGCGGUUUAUCCGUCAGCUCCUACGACAGCAUUGAUGAUGACCGUGCCUCUCUGGAUCUUCGAGGAUAUCCCUAUCACGGUCCUACUGGCGACAAGUCUAUCAACUACUCUAUUCCCGACCACAUGAUGCCCUAUUCGGCUCACUCUAUAUAUCCACCUGUCCCCUUUGCGCCCGAUGAGCUGGGCCAUGCCCCAGGACAGAUGACUCCAUCAGAUGUCUCAUCGUCCAUCUCCCCGCCUAACGGCAUAAUGGGCAACAACAAGUACUCCACCUCCAUUCCCGGGGACCGCAUCGCGGCAGCCCUAGGCCAAGAGGAAGGCGUACGGGUAGCCGCAGAAGAAGACCGCCGCCGCCGCAAUACAGCGGCAUCGGCUCGCUUCCGCCAGAAAAAGAAAGCUCGCGAACAGGUCCUCGAACGGACCGUCCGCGAGACAACUGAAAAGAACGCCUCUCUAGAGGCCCGCGUCGCCCAGCUCGAGAUGGAGAACCGCUGGUUGAAGAAUCUCCUCACAGAGAAACAUGAAGCAACGACUCCGCGCCUGCCGGGCGCUCCGCAAGAUACUUCUACCCCAGGGAACUCCAAAGGAAGCAGUACUCGCGGCGGCCAAAAACAUAUUCAGCCAAAAAAGAAGGGCGUCGGCACUGAUGAGUAG